AUGGAUCCCAACAAUAACCCUUUUAACACCCAAAAUUCUACUAAUUAUCCUUUCAACUACCCAAAUUCCAACAACUAUAUAUUUCAAAAUCAAUCUUCCAACAAACAAGGUCCCCAAAAUAUACCAAAUUAUGGAUUUCCUCCGAAUUUCAUAAUGUCGUCAUCUAAUCCAAGUUAUCGCCCAUAUUAUGGAAUGAUGCCAUAUUCAUCUCAAACACCCCCUGAUUAUUCUUCUACUCCGAUGAGAAAUGAAAAUAUUUCGAAUGUUGGAGUUGAUGAAUUUCCUGAGUUUUCUACACAAAUGGAUAUUGGUGCCAUGAGAGGUGGUCAAGGAGCCACUCCAAAUGCAGAUGAUUCAACUCCUAUACGCCGGAAAAGCCCCAAAUGGACCACUGAUCAAAAUUUGGUUCUAAUUAGUGGGUGGAUUAAAUAUGGAACAGAUAGUGUUGUUGGGAGAAACCAAAAAAGUAAUUCAUAUUGGGGGAAAAUUGCUGAUUAUUGUAAUGAGCAUUGCUCAUUUGAUCCUCCCCGUGAUGGAGCUGCAUGCAGAAAUCAUUACAACUACAUGAGCAAAAUACUCAAUAAAUGGAUUGGCGCUUAUGAUAAUGCUAAGCGUAUGCAACAAAGCGGGUGGUCGGAGAAUGAUGUAUUGGCAAAAGCGCAUGAAUUAUAUUCAAGUGGUAAGAGUGGACAUUUUCUUUUAAUGUCAGAAUGGCUUGCUGUCCGUGAUCAACCACGUUACGGUAGUCAGGUAGGAGGAAAUACUGGAUCUGGAAGUAGUGGAUCUAAGAGAGUCCAUGAGAGUGAUGCAAGUGAUUCCAACUCUGUUGGAUCAAGUGCUCGCCCAAUGGGGAGGGAUGCAGCUAAAAAAAAGGGUUCAAUGGAUUUCAUGCUAAGGUUUUCUACUGUGCUUCAAGUCUUACCUUCGUCCAAAUGA